AUGAACUUUGGCUGGCUCACUGACGACACUUCCGAGUCGGAGUUUUCUCGAGUAAUCAUCCACGAGUUUGGUCACGCCCUGGGGUGCAUACACGAGCAUCAACAUCCAAAUGUGGAACUUAAGUGGGACGUCAACGCGGUGUAUGACUACUUCAUGGGACCGCCAAACAACUGGAAGAAGGAAGUCAUCGACUCUAAUAUCUUUCAGAAGUACGACAUCGCAUCCACGAGGGCUACCGCAUUUGACGAGAAGUCCAUCAUGCUCUAUAUGUUUGAUUCAAAUCUCUUUACCGACCACCGUGGCACACCCAACAAUGUCGUUCUCUCAAGCACUGACAAACAAUUCAUUGCGAAGAUGUAUCCAUCUCAGCUUCGCUCCUCCGGCUCCUGGAGCACGACAGACCAGAGACCAGAGAGAAUGGUUUCCACCGGUCGCUCUCAACUCCAAGCAGGUUACCUUCGACCCCCCUACACCACUCCGCCCAAGAUCGCCGCGUCAGUGAGCCGGCUCACUGCUGAAAACUUCGUCGUGAAUGUGGAUGCGUGGGCAGACACUGCGCUUUACUCAGGUGGAGCAACUUGGGUGGAGUUUGACGAUGGUGAUAAUGACUAUCAACCGGACACCUAUACAGUUCAAGGACAAUCACCCGUGAACAAGAGCCAUGUCACCUUUGAGCACCCAUACGAAGGAAAGCCGGAGGUUAUAGUCUGGCUGUCCGGGCUAACGACGAGCAAAGAUCGCAACACUCGUGUCCACGCCUACGCCGAGAACGUCACCUCGGAAGGUUUCGACAUCUUCAUUAAGACAUGGGCCGACAGCAUUGUAUUUAGCGUCACCGCCACGUGGAUCGCGUACCCAAAAUCGAAGCCUGGGAGUGACAAGCGGCCUAGACGACACGGCGAACUAUCGCAACUGGUCGCCGGCACAGGUCGAGAACGGGAGGAAGGUUGGCUUCAAUGCCGAUUACGAUAA